GGAAACUGAUCUGAGAAACCUCAGAUUUACUCUCAGAGGCUCUCAGCUCAUCAGCAGGACUACGCAGCACUGGUACACAGAACCUCUGCCUUCUCCUGCCAGUCCCACAGUGUCCCCUGCAGCCAUGGAUAGCACCCCAAGGAGGUGGGUGCUGAAGCCUCUGUCCCCCCUCCUGCAACCCUCGGACCUGCGCACCAUCACCGCUCCAGCCCGGAGUGAAGCCCCCGGCCUGGACAAGCCGAUCUUUAGCGCCAACAUCUCUGUCACUUGUAACCAUUCCUUGGUGGUAGUCUCUUCCCAGCAGGGGGAUGGGUCCCAGGGUGUGGUGGUUCAGGCCCAGCAGGUCGAGGUGUCACAGGAUGAGAGGAGUACAAGUGACGAGUGGCAUCCCAGCAGCCCCAGCAACCCCAGCAGUCCCAGCAGCAGUCUGGGGUCUCACAGCGGCUUUUACUCCUUUGUGGAGGAUCCUGCAAGUCCCGAGGCUGAGUUGAAUGAAGCCUGGAUGGUCUCACCACAGCGGCAGGCUCAGCUAGCAACUCUGAAGGAGAAGAAAAGUUUCAAACUUCAGACCUACACGAGCAGCAAGAAACCAGAGAGUCUGUUCUCUGAGAACAAUGAAGACACUCAGUACAAAGUGGAUCCAAAGAACAGCAUCAAAUUGGUCGGUGAGGAAGAGGAAAAGCAUCUUCGCAAGGAGAUCAUCCGCAGCCAAGCACCAAAGAAGAAUCCAACAUUCAAAGAUCAGUUGAGUGCCCUGGAGAAUCUGGAUCUGACCAGAUCUACAAACAGAAUGAUAGAAGGUUUCAGUGUGAGCUACAGCCCUGUCAGCUCCAUAGCAGAGCCUCCCCACCCUGCUGAUCCUGGGACAAUUGACAAGGAGCAGAUCAACUUUAGUGCUGCGCGACAACAAUUCCUGAAGAUGGAGCAGGACCGGUUGAUGGCACUUGUCAGUCCUAUAUAUUCCUCAAAAACACACCUGAAUACGUCACUACAGGCUGACCCUGAUAUGUCCUCUUCAAGGCAGGUGGAGAUAUGCAGCAGCAUGAAGAUGAGUGAAGACAUGACUCAUUUUAAACUGUCAGAAGAAGAGAAAAAGGUGACAGUGUGCCGAACUGAGGAAAGUCUGAGCCGACAAAGCAGUGUGUUUGAUGACCUGGACUCUGGCCUGGAGGAGCUGUCGGUGGAGAGGAGUGGUGGCUACAGCAGCAAUGAAGGCAUGUUAAGGAACAACACUCAGCAAGAUAACAGGAGCAAUAACUCCACAAGCUACUAUGAAACCCCGAUUGAAAGGGAGAUCCGAUUAGUUCAGGAACGUGAGGAGAACCUGCGACGGUCUCGAGGCCUGAAGCACAGUGAUGGCAGGUUGGAGAUGGUUGAGAUCAACACCAAACGUUCACAGAUACCACUUAUGCCCAUUAAGGCCAAAGAGAAGAACCGAGUGAGCUUCAUCAUCCAGCAAGAGAUUCAGAAGGAGAAGCAGAGGAAGGAGGAACCUCAGCAGCAGGGAGGAGGGACCCUGGGACAAUACAACCAAGAUGCUCCACAAGAGCUGGCAGACAUAAAGAAGACAUUUGACCAACAAGGUGAGGAUGGGAGGACAGAAGAAAGACCUCUGUCUGAGUCUGGAGAGGCAGAAGUCUUCUUGUCUCCUCAUCAACACCCUGAGGAAACCAAGUUGUACUUCAGUCAGAUGAGUUCAGCUCCCUCUUCCUUCACAGCGAUGGACUUAGAGGUCCAGGACAUGAGAAGUUUACACCAGGAUCAAAGGAUCUCAUCCUCUCACCCCUCCUCCUCUUCCAUCUCUCUCUCCCUGGCACCCCAGGCAAAAACAACCUUGACCACAUCUUGGUCGUGGAAGGAGAACCUGGAGUCCGCUGGUUUGCAGUCCAGAGGACCAGGAGCCCCAGACUUCAUCGAGAAGGAGAUAGAGGAUGCUCUGAGACGGGAGCAGGAGCUGAGGGAGCUGAGGGAGUCCAGGGAGGAAACCAAGCACCAGUGCUUCUCUCCAGCUCCUCUGGUGGAGCAGGCAAGCAAGACAGCUGUCAGGGAGUUCUACCCAGCUGUAAAAACAGACAAACCUAUCAGUCUGUCCUUGUCCUCCCCUCGUCCCUUCAUCCAUCUGCCCUCCGUCUCCUUUAACACUGCUCAGCCUGGGACCCCCUCCUCUCCGGCGCUGUUCCAGUCAGCCCCACCUCCGGUCAGAGGUCUAACAGAGACCCUGCUCCAGGACUUUAAGGACAGACAUAUCAAAGUGAAGCUGGAGGAGAACUCAUAUGCAGGAAUCCAACCGAUUGAUGAUGUGAACAACGAGGUUGUGGAGUCAACUCGAGUGUUUAGACAUAAAAACCAGCGAGCUCUGCGCUGGGAGGCCGGAGUGUUUGCCAACCAGCAGGACCAGUGAGACCAGCACAGCCAACUUAAGCUCCAGAUCCAGGGCGCAGAUCUGAAGGAGGGAGAAACUGUACAUCCCGAGGAGCCAGUUUGUUUAGCAGCAACUUUAAAAUGGUUUUAAACUAGAAUGCUCUUACAUAAAAGGCUGCUCCCGAAUGGUCCGUUCAGAUGACAUCUCCUUAUUCAGAGAAUAAAGAUUAAACUGAGAGAAACAGCAGUUUGUUGAUGUGAAGGAGGUCUUAGCGAGAGUUUUCUUAUUGUUUUCAUGAUUCUGAACUGAUCUAGCAUCUUAAAGUGACACAGAGAAUAAAAAUGAUUUCUCAGACUGCCCUGCUCUGUGUUUGAAUAUGGUAAUAACAGACCACCGACAGGACUGAAACAGGAAUUGUUUAUACUAAAUACUGAUAAAAUAAAGUUCACAAUAAAACAAACCAAACAA